ACUGUGCAAAGAUGACGGCGGCAAAGAUUGUGGUGUUGAAUACGUAGGGAGGUCCACCAUUCGUUAUGAUUGUCAAAAGAAAUGUACUACAGAAAUUCUAGUGGUCGGCCAUAAAAUUCACACCUCGUUCCGUCGCGGCGCGAUCGCUGGUCAUCGUCAUCAGUUUUGCUAACAUAGUAAAAGGUGGACAAAAAAUUCAAUCGCUUUUCGAACCCGCGCUACCUUCCGCACUCAAACUGGAAAAUAUAUUGUUUCCCUCGAUCCCUGUACGAGUUUCGCAACUCUGUGUGGUGAUGAAAUGGAAUGCCGGAAGGGUCGCAUUUAGGACCUGAUCUGGUUUCACUCGAUACAAUGUUGAAUGCAACUUGACGGUAGUGCAUUUCAUUACAGCUCCUAAUUUUGUGGUUUAACUCAAUCUUCAGUGUUGCAUAUCUCAGGCAAAAGUGUGUUCUUUUCGAUCGAUGCAAUCGCUCGGUAGUGAUCAAUGGAAAAUUCAAAAAGUGGGCUCGACUGUCAGAUAGUGAAAAAAUUCCAUACAAUUUUGCCAAGUGGAGUGCAGUAGUGUCCGGUAUAGAAAUUCCAUUAAUCGUUAACGUCCACUGGUGCGGAUAUAAGUUCAAAUCCAAGGAUUACUCCGACAACUGGUCAGCAUAUUUGGGAUAAUAUCAUAAGUCAAGUAGACAGUACCUCAUAUUGGAUUCCCUGCCUAGAUCUCCAAUAGAUCAGUCUAUCGAACAGCUCUGGGCAACAUACAUCGAUCCGAUCUUCGUCAUCAUAUCCAUCACAGCGAAGAGAUUAUACAAGAGCGCAACAUGGCAACGGAAUAGAAGACUGCAGUGUUAAAAUGACACAUCAAACACGCCGGGGGCCACCACUCGAGUGUCCCUUGGCGUCGCUUGGACGAAACUCACCAUCACUCGAAGCCCAAUCAUACCAUCAUCCUCUUAGCACUAGCCCACUAAAUCCUCAAGCAUAUCAGAUGUCACGAAAAUCACCAAUCCUGAGUAUAAAUAACAACGAUAUAAUCUACCCACCAGCUACGUCACGCCAAAAACCCUCAGAACAUGGUUCCGAUCAUAACCAAUCAGCGGAAGUAUAUCAUCUCUCACGGAGUUCAUCAAGUUCCAUGGAUCAGUCCUACGAGUUACGUCGAAACAUUGAACCUACGCCUAAAUAUCGACCUCCACCGCCCAGAAAUUACACCCCCAUUGAUAGUUUACUGCAGUAUAGAUCUGAACAUGCCCCCAGUGCCUAUCUUCUGAGUGAUCCCUUACCAAAUAGUACGGGUAGUAACGCUGAGAAUCACUCAAACAUUGUCGUUGUCAACCAUAAUGAUCAAUAUUUUCUUGAGGAAAAAAUGGAUUCAUUAUAUAUUCAAGGUGCCAUCCGGGGACUUCCUCUGGGUUCUGAAACGAAUCAGUACAAAAAUGAAAGAUACUUUCUUGAGGAAAGUUUAAAUGAUUUAUGUGAAUAUAAUCGGAGUGAAAGGAUGCAUGAAAACGUGGCAGUACAUCUGCUUCAAAGGCCCUCUAGCCCCAGUGAGACCAGCGGGUCGGACAGAUACCUCAUCGACCGAGCCCGAGGAUCACCAGCAUUUGUCAAUAAGUCGCGAAGUAACUUCAGCAACCCAAGUGCGGUAGUCAUGGACAAACGUUUCCAACUGUCCAAAGUCCAAUGUUUCACGGAAGGCCUUUCGAAUUUAGGUCGAUUUUCACCAAGUCUUGACCAAGGUUAUGCAACAUUAGUCUCUCCGUCCCCUACAAGUCAUCAACAAUCUUCAGGGCCGUGGACCAAAAAAGGUCCUUGUCGUUCUGGGCCUGUCUUUGAUCGACUUACUGAUGAACAUGUCAUGAAGAUAUUCAAUUGGUUGGAUAGUUCUGAAUUGUGUAAUAUAGCGAGGGUGUGCAGACGAUUCGAGACCAUAGCGUGGCGGUCAAGCCUUUGGAAAAUUAUAAGUCUUUCAGGGGAACAAAUUAGUGGCGAUAAGGCGCUGAAAAAUAUAUUCAGGCGAUUAUGUGGCCAAUCGAGAAAUGGUGCAUGUCCUGACAUUGAACGUGUCCUGCUUAGCAAUGGAUGCCGAAUUUCGGAUAAGGGGUUGCAACUACUGGCACGGCGUUGUCCAGAACUUACUCAUUUGCAAAUACAGUCCAGUAUUAAUGUAUCGAAUCAGGCACUCUGUGAUGUCCUCACUAAAUGUACAAAUCUUCAACACUUGGAUGUUACAGGAUGCCUUCAAAUAACUAAUAUAAGCAUCAACCCAAACUUAGAGCCACCUAGGCGACUGUUACUUCAGUAUUUGGAUUUGACUGAUUGUUCGGCGAUCGAUGAUGCCGGACUCAAAGUAAUCGUGCGAAACUGCCCUCAACUGGUCUUCCUAUACCUCAGAAGAUGUGUUCAAAUUACAGAUGCUGGUCUUAAAUUCGUUCCUAGCUUCUGCAUAGCUCUGAAAGAGCUCAGUGUCUCGGAUUGUAUCAACAUAACCGACUUCGGCCUGUACGAGCUGGCCAAACUAGGAGCAGCCCUACGUUAUCUAUCCGUAGCCAAGUGUGAUCGAGUUUCUGAUGCAGGCUUGAAAGUUAUUGCAAGACGAUGCUAUAAAUUAAGAUACUUAAAUGCCCGAGGUUGUGAAGCAGUCAGCGAUGAUUCUAUAACGGUUCUUGCCCGAUCUUGUCCUCGCCUCCGAGCCCUAGAUAUUGGAAAAUGUGAUGUUAGCGAUGCAGGACUGCGAGCGCUAGCUGAAAGUUGUCCAAAUCUCAAGAAGUUAAGUUUACGAAAUUGUGAUAUGAUUACAGAUAGGGGAGUGCAAUGUAUAGCAUACUAUUGUAGGGGGUUACAACAGCUAAAUAUACAAGAUUGUCAGAUAUCAUUAGAAGGGUACCGGGCUGUGAAAAAAUACUGCAAAAGAUGUAUUAUUGAACAUACGAAUCCUGGUUUUUGCUGAGUAUUUGGCAAAGUUCAAAAAGUAAAAUGUUCCUAGAUUAUGAGCCACAUUUUACUGUAUAGGAAAUGAAAAUCCGUUGAUACAUUCCAAGGGUAUAUAUACAGCAGCCUCCUCGAUGUCGAUAUUUGAAACAUGAAGUCUUCCAACAAAAACUAUAAGACCUUUUAACUUCCGAAGAACGAGUAAAACCUCAUUAAGACGAAUGAAAUAAGUUGCACACAAGACACAAAGGAAGCUUUAUCCAGACCGCUGACUUAUUCAUCAACAGCAUAUUUAUAAACAUAUGGGGUAGCUAUAAAGCAACUACACCAACUUCCCAACGUUGUCCGUUUCUGACGAGGUGCUUCAGCUGCCCUCAAAAGAAGGUUCCACUGCUCCUCCACUGUUCUACGCUACGUAGCUAUAAGGCGCCCAACUCGUUGGAAAAUGGGAGAUAGUGGAUUCCAUUGCAUACAGAGAGACAUGUUUUUAUAAUACAUUCGACAAUAUAUGCUUGUUCACAAAGCCUUUAAGCCAAAAACAUUAAGUCAAGACGAAUUUUGACAAGUAAUUUCAACAUUUUUGACACACUGCCAAUUUGUACAACUUUAUGUUUGAAAUGCUAGGCCAGCUUGCAAAUGUCAUUAAAUAAUCGCUGUGUCAACUGUCAAAGUGUAGGCAAAAAACUUGUAAAGCCCCUUUCACAUGAGCAACUUGAAUAUGGAACUACGUAUGUAUAUCGACUAUCCAAAUUGAUGCAGGCACUGCCCCCGUCAGUCUUUUAAUGAAAAGAAUUUCUUUGUACUUAUAAUUCUGUGUAUAAAGUAAGUUAAAUAGUUGGUCGAUAGUGCUACUAUUAGAGGUAAAAUGCAUAGCAAAAUUAAAAGAAAGAAAGUUGUAUCAUAAGAUGUAUUGCUGGCGACGAGAUUUAUUUUUUAAGUUUUGAAGCGAUAUCUUUUCUUCCAGGAAAGUUAAAAGCGUUUCCUUUCAAAAAUCUUAGAUCAAACUUUAAGUAUUCCUAACGAAAGGGGUACG